GCGGUUUCCAUCUGGCGUUUUGGCGAAGGGGCCCGCCAGCUUGGUGUGGACAAGUUGAAGCGGCGCUGUCGUGUCUGUAGAGGAUGAAGAUAACGGGAAAGGGUCUGAGGGCAUGCCUCCUGCCUGCAGGCAUGCUGCGCAUAGCGAAGCUGGUUCUUUGUUCUGAGUCUCGUUCUGGAUGUCAUUGACGUCAUCGGGCUUCAGGCCGAUGACAUGUUUUUGCGUUCGUCGCACGGUGUCGGUGGCCGCGUGUUCCGUGCGACGAUCCCAUGUUUGCAGGGCGCAGUGUACCGGUUUCGUGGUGAUCAACGUGUGUUCCUGUGGCGAGGCUAUAUCGGCAUCCAGAACGUAGAGUCCGCUAGUGACAGGGCAGUGAAGCGAUCGAGCGCCAAAUGUGAUGGUAAUUUCGUACAAGUCCAUGCUGAUCUUGACGUCACGUCCUUGCUCCUGGCAGCAUUGGACAGAGAGGAGGCGGAAUUUGAGGCCGGGGACGUAGAGAACAUUGACGAGGUGGAAGACGCGUCCGUCGCUGCGCGAGAUCAUACGAACCGUCCCCUUCCCGUGGAUAGGCAGCCACCUUCCGCCGCCAAGAUCAACGGGGCCUCUCGCGUCUUGCAGUUCGAUGAAAUCGCCUUUGAAACUCGACAUGUGACGUGUGGCAGCAGUGACAGCAAUCCAGCCGUUAACGCCGGCCACAAGGUCAUCCUUGAACGCUACAUAGGCCUUUGAGGUGGCCGCGCUUCUUGCAGUAGGUGCAUUUGAUUACAUCUUUGCCUUGCUUAUUGUCAUGCUGGGAAGAGAGAGCUUUGUCUGCGGUAGGCUUUGGGUGGCGACGCCGACCCUGUUGCUGCAAGCGUUGACGUUCGUCGCACUCGCGGCUGUUCGCGGUAGCUAUCAUCAUGUAAAAAGGCUGCUCGACCACCUUGUCCUGUCCCGCUUUGUCCUUGAUGUCGAUAGCUUUCAUUUCC